GCCUUAGAGUAUCGUCCAAACGACGGCUUGUUUAACAGUGUUUUUACAACGCUUCUCGCGACUGCAUUUCGCUCCUCGAUCCCCGUGGAAUCGUGCAAGGAAUUCAGGACAUACAGUUUGAGAAUCCUGAGGAGGGCUGACUUUUAAUGCGAUUUUGAUUUUGAAGGCAAACGAUAAUGUCACCGUCGAUAGAACCGUUCCCAGUUGAAAACUUUAACGAACUUCUGGCUCAGAGUCUGGGCAAGGACAUACAAGUGAAGCAGAUAGAAUGGAGGCCUCUAACCGCUCCAGGGGAGAACUUUGGAAGCUUAAUGUUGGCCAUCAACGUCACCCUGACUCGUCUCAACAAAACGGACACUCUGCAUCUAGUUGGCAAACUGCCGCCCACAUCCGCCUAUCUGUUGGACCUGUUUAACAGUCCUGUAACAUUCAAGAAGGAGCUUCGAUUCUACAGCGCAAUGGCUAAAGAGUUCACGAAACUUCAAUUAGAAAGCGGUAUCAACGAGAAGGACAUAAACGAUCUGGCACCGAAAUACUUUGGUGGUAGAAUGGGUCUGAAAGAUCCUGAAGCGUUCGAUCAACAGGCAGCUAUCAUCUUAGAAAAUCUCAAGUACAAUGGAUACGACACAGAGGAUAGAAUCCAUGGACUGGAUAAAAUUCACACAGAGUUUGCUCUUGAAGGAUUGGCCAGGUUGCACGCCCUCACGAUAGCCCUGAAGAUCAAGAAACCUCAAUUGUUUCAGAGAAUGGCAGCUGAAGUGUUGACCGACGUGCUGAACGAGACAACCGAGAAGUGUGUGAUCGAUAUGAUCAGAAAAGCUCAGGCGGACGUCAACGACAUAGCAGAAUUAAAGCCAUACUUGGAACGUGUGAAUAAAACCAUAGAGUAUGGUAUUCAAAUGAACAAAGACAUGGGCCAACCCGAAGAACCAUGGGCCACCUUGGUGCACAAUGAUUUCUGGGUGAACAACAUGAUGUUCAGACACGAUCAACGCGGUGAACUGAUCGACAUGAAGAUCGUAGACUUCCAAUUGUGCGUGUACGAUUACGGGGUGAACGACCUGAUCUUCUUCCUGAUAUCCAGCGCGAAGAAGGACAUCCUGGAUAACAAGCUGAACGACAUGAUUGAUUUCUAUUAUUCCUGUUUCGUCAGAUGUUUGAAGACACUGAAAGUGGAGACAGACAGUUUCGCCAAGCAGAAAUUCGACGAGAUUGUGAACCGUUGUGCCACCCUCAAGUUUAAUCAAUGCAUGAUGAUGGCCCAAGUGAUUCAGGCCCCUCGAGGAUCCACGCCGGAGAUCAAGGAGACGAAGGGUGAUGAUAUAUUCCUGAAUCGAGUCGGCGAUGAUGUUUACAAACAGAAAUUGGCGCACAACGUGCAGAUCUUCGAUAAGAUGGGCUGGUUAGUCAAAUAAUUAUGACGAGUGUAGAUAUUUUUAUACGAGGGCGAAAAGUACAAAAACGAUAGAAGACAAUUUUAGAAGGAAUGAUGAUUUAGAAUGAAUUAUAUAUUGAAUAGAAUUGUUGCUAGUUAAGGAUUUGCAUCAGCUGUUUAUUUUAAAAAUGAUGUAAAUCUAACUUUUCUUGUACAGAGAUAUCAUUUGUCCUUCGAUUCUUUCAAAAAUAUCGAUAAGAUAAAUAAUUUAAUCAAGUAUACAAGAUUAUUCAUUCUAAAUGGAUUUACAACAUUUUCAAAAUGAAACAGCUUAACAGCUUACUCUUAAGGAACCACCAAAUACGUAAUAUUAAUAAUGUUCACGCUUCAUUAAUGAAGCUUCAAUAAUUAGAUAGAUUUUUGUAACAAAAGAUUAUUAUACCUCUACUUUGAAAUGUUAUACAUUGCACAAAACUGUUUUUAUGAAAUAAAAAGUUUAUUUUAUUAUUGAAAAAAA